AUGUCACAUAUCGCUCAGAAGAUUCUCGUUGUGGGCGGUAAUGGUUUCGUUGGCUCCGCGGUUUGCAAGAUGGCUCUUGCCCGAGGAAUCGAGGUCACUAGCAUAAGCUUUUCCGGAAAACCUUACAAAACCCCACAAGGCCAUACCCCUGCAUGGGUGGAACGGGUAGAAUGGCGGAAAGCCGACGCCAUGAAUCCAGAGUCAUAUGCGGACAUCCUCCCCGGUGUUGACGCCGUUGUCCACACUGUUGGUACUCUUUUAGACAAUACGCAGUACAAGCAGAAGAUGCAAGAAGGUGAUGUUCUGGGCGUUUUCAAAUCCCUUAUGGGCCGCAAGGAAGAAGGUCAACGGAGCGCCUAUGACACCCUCAAUUACGAAUCAGCUGUGUGCAUGUGCGAAGCAUUUGUCGCGAGCAAGCCCGCAUCCGGAAUCACACGUGUUCGUCCCUUCGUCUACGUCUCCGCGGAGGACGUGAACCGACCUGUCGUCUCCGUGCGGUAUCUCGAAACGAAACGGGAGGCGGAGAAGCGAAUUGAAGAAAUCAUGCAAGAUCAUCCACAAUACAAGGGGGUGUAUGUCCGCCCCAGUUUAAUAUACCACCCGCAUAUCCGGCCAAUGACUACCAUUCCAGCCACGAUAUUCGAUGUAUCGGCACGGAUCCACAACGCAGUGCCAUCGUAUAUCCCGAUGCCUUCUUCGGUUCUUCGGUGGUUAGGCACGUCCGUGUUCCCUAAUGCCACGGAAAAAACACCUUCUGCCCUGACCUCUAUGGCGAAUCUGCUCUCUAUUCCGCCAAUCCAUGUUGAUCAUUUGGCCGAGGCUAUUUGUCUUUCCUUAGAUCCAGCACAGGAUAUACGUGGUGUGGUAGGUGUGCGCGAUAUACGUCGGUUGAUUGGUAUGACGGCGUCAGAGGAGCCGACCACAAACACCUAG